GUCUUAAAUCACCCAAUACAGAAGUUGUUAUGAACUUUUUAAAUGAAUUUUAUGCCCAUCCAAAACUUGAGAAUUGAUUGCGUCUGAGAUACAGAAAUGGUUACAGAGUGAAGAUGAUGCUGAUUGUGACGAUGAAGAAAGUGUAUUUAGUACAAUAACAAGUCAACUUGGUAAAACAAUAUCAGCUAGAUUACAUAACGAAAGCCAGGAUGUGUCAACACCACUCCUGAAGAUGAAAAACGAUAAAGAUCUCGGCAAGAAUCUAGAUCCAGUUACAGCUGAAAAAGGAACGGAAACACUGGAACGAUUUCCGCAACAAGAAUCUGGGAAAAUUCUGCAGUAUUACGAUGAUAUGGGACAGGAAAGUUUUAUAACAGGACCACCUCCAAGUACAUUAUACGUGGGAACUAGACGAACUAUAUGUUAUCUUCAUAAAGAGGCUCGACCAUUAUGUUGUACACAAUGGGGACAGGCAUGUGAACAUUGUUUAUUUAAAACAGCUAAAGAUGAUCGGUGGGAUCAACAGUUGAUUAUUCUGGUAGCAGGAUAUGGUAGUACAGGAAUUUAUAAUUUUAUCGUACCAUUACGAUCAGAUUAUCUUAGCGUUAAUAACCUCAGUCCUAUUAUUCUUCUACUUGAACAAGAGCCGGAUGUAAUGUUUAUUGAAACUAUCGCACAUUUCCCAUUGGUUUAUUGGAUGCAGGGGAAAAUGACGAAUAUUGAUGAUUUAUUAGUGGCUGGUAUAAACAAGGCUACACAUCUGGUUGUUGCUAAUAAGGAGAGUGAUGCGGACGCCAAUGAAGAGAUUUUAACCGAUGCAGAAACAGUUGUUACUGUUCAAAAAAUAACAAAUUUGUUUCCCUCCACAAAUGUGAUAACAGAAUUAAAUGAUGCUACCAAUAUGAGAUUUAUGCAGUUUCAAGCCCACGAUGCCUACUCACAGUCUAUUUCUAAAUUAGAAAAAAAAUUAAAACAAGAGACCAACUCCAAUUUACCACAUCUAUUCCGUCUACCGUUUGCCUCGGGUCAGGUAUUUAGUGCUGGUAUGUUAGACAGAUUACUGUAUCAGACAUUUGUAAAAGGAUAUUUGAUAAGUUUUGUGAGAUUAUUACUGGGUAUUGACGCUGAACAAAAUUCAGGACAUUUAUCUAGUGUUCGAGUACGUCGUGCUACAUUGGCCCAGUUUCCCACCUACAAUGACCUCUAUCAGGGGUUAAGUUCCACCACCGGGGAAAUACCCAUAGCUAUUUAUAGAACAGAGAGACGUCCUGCUUUAUCCGUAUCAUCUUUUGAUGAAAAACCUAACACAUAG